AGACGUCCUCCUAAAAGUUGUUUCCCCUCGCUCGACCUCUCCGCUCGCGUGUCCUCUACAUGGACUGCGUGUUUCAAACGUCGACAUGGACGGGGUCGGAUUAUAGCUGCAGGGUUCGGUCGUGCUGUCAGGUUAUUCGUAUGGCCGGAGCUUGUUGCAAGUGUCCGGUCUCUCUGUCCGUGUUCAAGCGCUCUCUCUCGGUGGCUCCGCGGGGCUGCGGAUCCGCUCCUCGGUCCCUCCUUCUGGGCUGGAGGCUUGGGGAGCGGGGCCUGCAGGAGGCCGCCCGACCCUCCAGCGCCCUCAGACCCGCAGGCUUUUACCGACACACCACCUUCCUCUGUCUCUCCUGCCAGGAGUCCAUGAGUGAGAGUCUGCGGACCUGCUACCUGUACCUGAACCAGACCAGCCGGAGUUUUGCAGCUGUGAUUCAAGCGCUGGACGGGGAGUUGAGACAUGCAGUUUGUAUUUUCUACCUGGUACUGCGAGCGCUGGACACAGUGGAGGACGACAUGAGCAUUCCUCUGGAUAAGAAGGUCCCCAUGCUGAACGAUUUCCACACCUACCUGUACCAGGACGAGUGGUGCUUCACUGAGAGCCAGGAGAAAGACCGGCAGGUUCUGGAGGAUUUCCCCACGAUAUCCUUGGAAUUCAGAAACCUCGCUCAGGAGUACAGAGACGUCAUCUCAGACAUCUGCCACCGUAUGGGAGUGGGAAUGGCUGAAUUCCUGGAAAAGAAAGUGGGAUCCAUGAAGGAGUGGGACCUGUAUUGCCACUUUGUGGCCGGGCUUGUCGGUAUCGGUCUGUCUCAGCUGUUCUCUGCGUCCAAGCUGGAGGACCCCGAGGUGGGCCGGGACACGGAGCUGGCCAACUCCAUGGGCCUGUUCCUCCAGAAGACUAACAUCAUCCGAGACUAUCUAGAGGACACACAAGAGGGACGUGCCUUCUGGCCACAAGAGGCUUGGAGUCAGUUUGCCGGUCGUCUGGAGGACUUGGCCCAGCCAGAGAAGCUGGAGUCGGCUCUCUCCUGUCUCAACCUGCUCGUCACCGAUGCUCUGCGACACGUCCCGGAUGUUAUCGCCUACCUGUCCCGCCUGCGCAACCAGAGCGUCUUCAAUUUCUGUGCCAUUCCACAGGUGAUGGCUAUAGCUACACUAUCGACAUGCUACAACAACCCCAUGGUGUUCCAGGGAGUAGUGAAGAUCAGAAAGGGACAGGCGGUCACACUCAUGAUGGAAGCCACCAACAUGAGAGCAGUGCAAACCAUCAUCGGCCAGUACAGCCAGGAGAUUUUACAGAAGGUCUCCCUCACUGACCCUUCACGGGACAAGACCCUGCACAUCCUGGCUCUGAUCCGAGAGAAGUCCGCCCUGUCACAGUCCAGCCUCCCCUCUAGAACCCACCACCUGUCGCCCAUGUACCUGUCUGCCGCCAUGCUGCUCGCCGCCCUAAGCUGGCAGUACCUCAGCACCACUGCAGCGCAGGCACAGGGCACAGGCGACAUGCAGGGACAGUGAACCCAUUUAAGCUAACCUUUCCUGGGGCCCACAGACUCAGAAAAAGCCUCUCUGCUUGCUCUGGAGGUCCGGUUCUCCUCUGACUAAAGGAAUCUGAAACACUUCUUCCCACUUUACCCUCUUACCCUCUGGCCAUUACAGGACCAUGGACAUAUUUAGACUGUGGAGGGGUUCUGGUAGCAGGUUGAUCUCAUUAGGUUGUUUGAUUGUGAUUUUUAGUCCAUCCUGCAUCUGGAUCAGUUAUUUACACACAGUGUUGUGUGGUUUUAUUCACCAGCAUAAAUGGCAAAUUGAAACAAUUCAGGGCGUUUUGUUGUUUGACGUUUAUGUUGAUUGUGUUCUUUUUUUUGUUUUUAGUUUGAUUUGUUUUAAACAUUUUGACCCUUUGAAUUGAGUGAAAUUAUUCAGCAUAUUUGAAUAUUUCAAGAGAGAAAUUGAUCAAAUUAAUUCAUUAUUUUGUCAUUAAAAUUAAUAAUAACUGUCUUCCUUAAAGUGUGUUAAUAUAGUGAAAUGCACAAUAUGUGACUACCCAUUUCAGGAUUUGAGGGGAACAUUGUCACCAAACUCAAUUAAAGGGGACCUAUUAUUUCCAGCUCUAUUUUUAUUCUAGGACACCACUUGAGUAGCUUUAAUAGUUUCUGGUCUUCCCUCUGGCCUUCGGGCUGCCCUGCUUCAAUUUUUCGUUAUUUACAGUUUCCUGAUGGAUUGAUAGCAGUGAGCUACUUAAGCCGCUAACUGCUGCUAACUGUACCUGCUGUUCAGUAGUUAAUUGUGCAACUAGUAGUCUUAUUAGCUGACUCAGACUGCCCAGACUGGAAGCUCAGAGCACCAGGGGAGUGUUUAACGUUACGUCUCUAGCACAGGAACUUUGAACCGCCUGCGGUGGUGCCUCAAGCUCCAAGUACGUUAGCAGUUAGCAGCAGUUAGCAGUUGGCUACUUUAGCAGUAAGUAAUGCUAAAUGUCCAUCAGUAAACAACGUAAAUCACAGAGUAACCAGAGGACAUCGGAGAGAGAAACAGAAAACAUUGAACUUUCCCUCACAACCAAAAAAGCAUUUUCUGCAAGACAAAAACUUGAUAUGCGGCUAGCUGACAUCAGCCUGUUGCACAGUGGAAAAAAUAGUUUUCGCUCAAUCUGUUUGCUCACAGGGAAUAACUUAACAUAUUAACCUCAUUAUCUGACAUUCUAACAUGAUAUAUAUAUAUAACAGAAAAUAAGGGAAAUCAUAUAAUAGGAAGCAUAAUAGGACCCCUUUAAGUUUGUAUUUGAUUUUGUAGCAAAUUUUCUUUUUUUUUUUUUCCAUGUCUAGCUUACAGGAGAAACUCAAAUGAACUGUUACACCAGUGUACUUUCCAGUAGACACACUGUCUGUUAGCAUAGACGACAGCAUCCACUCACACUUUAUGUCUAUUUUCUAUUUCAACUCUGUGUCCUUAGGAAAAUAAAUAGGACAAAAAGAACAGACAGUGCAAUUUCAAGGUAGUUUUGACUAUUUAAAUGAUUAUGGGAGAGAAAAUGUAAUUUCUAAUACAUUUGAUGUCUGAAAGAAAUGCAUAUUGAGACUGCUAGCUAAAGUGUCCUUAAUGCAGCUUUGGUGAGUAGAAAGGCUAGCACAGAGUAACCUUGUACAGAACCAAAGGAGAGCUACAAACAUUGCUAUGUAAUGUGAAAGUUUGAUUUGUACAUAUUUGAACAAAUAAACAGAUGAAGUAAAA